ACCGUCCGAAUGAGAUUGGUCGCAAUCUAAUUUUGAAGAUAUGUUGCUCACUUCAACGAGAGGAAGGAUAAUAGCCAGAUGCUAGCUAGGCAGUAAACUCGCCUAUUAAUCAACACAGUCAAUAGGGAAAGUUUGUCAAGCAUCCCGAUAAGUGACAAUUCGUGAUGUAUAGUUAACGUUAACUGUCUAGAAAAGAAAAGUAAAAGGUAGCUAGCUCGUACUGUUGUUUGCGUGUUUAGAUGGAUAGCUAGCUAGCUAGCUAACUUUAGCCGUUGUUCUGCGUGACCUGUCUGUCAAGUAACUAACCUUAACCAGCUAUUUUACUACUAACAAGUUCUUCUCUACAGCUAAAGCAUCUCAAACUAGCUAGCUAUUAGCUAGUAACUUAGUUAACGUUACUAUGUAGCUAUCCAGCUAAUAGGUAUAACGUUAGCUAACUAAACAUUCAGCUAACUACCUGGUUUAGCACUGGCUAAACACAUUAACUACUAGCUGGCUAGCUAGUCUACGGCCUUGACUCGGCUUGACAGGUGCUAAUUUAAUGCCACAAUAAAAUCAGGCUAGUAACAACGAUGUCUCGCAGGCGGCUUGACAGCCGCAAUGGACCUACUGGGCUACUUGGAGAAAUUCAAACCCAUAUCAAUACGGAACCGAUGGACAGUGUUUAUGAAAUCACUGGCGAGUUGGGCAGGGGGAAAUUUGCGGUGGUGAAGCGGUGCGUGGAGAGGUCCACGGGGAAGGUGUUUGCCGCCAAGUUCCUGCGGAAGCGGCGGCGGGGCAGAGACUGCCGGGCCGAGGUGGUACACGAGAUGGCCGUGCUGGAGGCGGCCCGCAACAACCCUCGCGUGGUUAACCUGCACGCUGCCUACGAGACAGACCACGACAUCGUCCUGCUGCUGGAAUAUGCGGCGGGGGGUGAGAUCUUUGACCACUGUGACUGUGAUGAGCUGCUCCCAGAGGGCCAGAUCACACGGCUGAUCAGACAGACGCUGGAGGGCGUCCACCUUCUCCACCAGACCAGCGUGGUGCACCUGGACCUCAAGCCCCAGAACAUCCUACUGACCAGCCUGGCUCCGCUGGGGGACAUAAAGAUUGUGGACUUUGGCCUGGCACGCAAACUGGGCACGGUCGGAGAGCUCCGAGAGAUCUUGGGCACGCCUGAGUACGUGGCUCCAGAGAUCCUGAACUAUGAGCCUAUCACAACGGCAACUGACCUGUGGAGUGUGGGAGUGAUCGCCUACAUGCUGGUGACGGGCGAGUCUCCGUUUGCAGGGGAUGACAAGCAGGAGACGUACCUGAACGUGUCCCAGGUCAAUGUGGACUACAGCCAAGAGGCCUUCUCCAGGGUGUCGGAGCUCGCCGUCGACUUCAUCCGCAAGCUGCUGGUCAAAACUCCAGAGGACAGGCCCAGUGCAGCUGACUGCAUGACCCACCCCUGGCUGUGGCAGCAGCAUCAAUACCCAAGUACCGAGCCUGUCCUGCCACGAACCCCCCGUGAGAGGAGCAGCGGUACCAAGUGGGCCGCCCCACCCGAGGACCCAGAGGACAAGGAGAACUUCACCUUGGACUCGCCCCACACCCAGGCCAAGAGGUUUCGCUUCGAGGAGGAGACACCCGCUGCCACCAAUGGUGGUGACGGGGACUUCUGAGGGGGAAAGAGCGACGCAAGCGCACCCCUCCCACAAGCUCCCAUUUUGCUUUUAUUGGUUUUAUGCAGCAAGGAACCUGCCGGCAACAGUGUCGCCUACCCAAGAGCGCUUCUGUUCUGUUCUAGUGCUCGCUUGUAUCCAAGAGCGCCCAGCCAAACCAAAGAUAACCAGCUUCCAUUGUGAUCUAACGUCAAUUCGUCACUGUUUCUAUGUGUAGUUUGUGUUUCUAAAUAAUGCAUUGAUUUAAGAGUUGAUUUAAGAUAAGUCAUGUAUUUUAUUGUGAGCUGUUUUGGUCCUUUCCAGUGUAUUGUCUUUGUUUUGUCGGGUAUGUUUUGUCCCGGAAUUUAGAGAAUAUGCGGCCAGAUAUAUCUCAAGGGAAAUCUAUGCAAUACUGUUUUGCCACAAGUAACUUUUAAAGGAGACAUUUAAAUAGUCAACAAAUUAUUACGUGAUAAUUUUUGCCAGAAAGGCAGUAAGUGGUCGUAAAAGUGUUCUUAGUAUUUCGUGAGAAAAUCAUCCGACAGAACACCAAACUGUGCAGAUAUGAGCUAAAUCAGUCUAUUUAAGGAAGUGAAAGUAAAGUAUGUCCUCACACUAUGUCCUUGUUUGCCUGACCCAAGCUGUACAUUACCUCCCUACUCUCAAACAAGCUUACGCACAUUAUAUUCCAUCUGUGACAUUCUCUUGUCUUGCUCUCCAGCACUCUACAACACGCCACAUCUGAAAGCACAGUAUGAUGUUGUCUUAGACAUGUUGUCUAUGCACAGUACCCGGCCCUGGCCUGCAUAAUUAGUAAGCCAACAAGUCACACUGGUGUCUGUUUAUUACACACACAGUUUACUGUUAACCCCAACUCUUCCUCUGGUUUACAAUUAAACAAUAAUAGAGAUUUAAGAGGGUUCUGUAAAAAGGUGACUCAUGGACAGUUCAUACACCACUCCCAUGCUUACACAAAUGUGUUUCUUCAAACGUUGUCAGUUCCUCUUUAGUCAUUUGCUUAGGGGAACUGUGACUGAAGCAUUUAACUAUUUAUCUUCUGGGUAUUUCAUUGAUUACUUAACUGGAAAAUUACUAUGCCCUAUGAAGAGAUGUUUUUAAUUCCAUGUUUUCUUUUGUGUAACUUGAACACAGUGUAUUUCCUGAUAUUCACUGAAGUCAUUUAAUCUCCAUUCCUUUAAUUGGCAUUAAAAAGCUACUGUUUUUUUAUGGCUAGGAACCCUUUCAAGUUUAAUGGGAGUCGGGGUAUAUUUGGGAAUCAUAACAGAUUGUCUGUGUAUGAAGGCGAGUUCAUUUUCCUUCCUAUCCCUAUGUUCAUUCAAUUUCCUUCUCAUCUCAGGGAAAAUUACCUUUCACUUUGGUCGUAACUAUUGUGUGCCUUUUUAUAUUCUAACAUGAUUCUCAAUAUGUUUAUAUAAUGGGAUGGUGUUUUGUUUAGAUUUAGAUGUACAUAUGUGUAUGUGCUGUAUUUAACUGGAUUCAGAUGGGUUUAUUAAGAAGAUACGGGUUGUAUGGGAUAUAGUAUUGAUGGCAUCUCUUAACAAAAAGCUGUUUUGGUAACGGAGGUGACAUGAAAUUGAAAUAUGCUUUGGUUGUGAAGUGGUGAAUGUGGGAUAUACAUGAAAGGUUUGGAAAAGUGAUUAGAGAUGGAUUUUGGAUUUAGAAGAGAAAAAUAUUGUUUCGGUUAUGAGGAAAGGGUAUGAUGACAUUGAGAUGGUUACAGAGGAAGAUAAAAUAUUUUUGAUUACGGAAGUGAUGUGGGUAAAGGUUAUGGAGUUGAUGGGAUAAAAUGUGGACAGAAACCUUUUGGUAAUGCAGUCGAUAAAGAAGAGAAAGGUUUAGACAGAUUAUAUUUGUACAGUAUUACCAGCAGGAUGAAUGGAAGUGCUCUGUUGAGCAUGCAUUCCCCAUCAAUCUGUGAAAGAAUAACCCAUACUGAAGAAAUUCUCAUUGAAACUGGAGUGUUAUGAAGCCUAACUGCCAGCAGCCCUCAGCUGCAUGUUGCUUUGUUCAAGGAGGUGCAAAGACUACAUAUCCUUGUUUGUUGUGGUCCUCAAGGUUUCCCAGAGAUGUCACCGGCCUGGCACACACAAUAGCCUUUUUCUUCGAGAGGGCUGUCUCCAGUCACGGCCAUGCUCUCACUGUAUGCUGUCAUCCUAAAGGAGAACUGGAACACCAAUACGUCAUUAGUGAGUGGUUCAAAGACAGACACUUAAAUGAAAACCAGACGUUCGAAGGUACUGCUGACACCAGUCGGCACAAAGUGGACCUGUACAACUUGAUUAUAUUUGUAAGAUCUCCACUGCUGAUUUCAUUUUGUAUGGCUGUCUGAAUUUACUUUUAGAUACAGAUGCUAGUCAAGUGACCCGUGUGUUCUCUGGGGACAAAGGUGGCCAGUUUGCACUCUUCACAUUCCUGUAGUGAGAUCUUCUCCCACUUUACCAGGGUAAUACUGAAGGAAACGUCUGAGUCAAACUAAUACCAUUUAGAAGCACAAGCAAUAACCCUUAAAGAUGUUUAUUUUGCAUUUGAUAGAUUUGUAGGUAUAUUCCGUUUGCAUUUGAAAUGAUCCAUUCUAAAAACAAUGUAAAAUCCCUAUUUGUAUUUUCUGAUCAACAUCAAUCUAAUAUUUAGGUGUCAUUAGCAAACGGGAAUGCUCAUUAAAGAUGAUAGAAAACCUA